AGCUCUGUUCCUCUGGUCUUCUGUCCCACACAGAUAAGCCAAGGAUUUGCUAAUUUUAUAAGUAGGCAGGAAGAAUGACGACAAAGUUUCCGUCUCUGCAAACAAAAAAUGAAGCAGCCUGCCUGAGAAAAAGUGUUUCUGAGUGCUAUCCUUCUCUCGGAUUUGACCGCAUGUGAUUUGCCUUUCUGUUCAUUUGCACCAUGGCCGCAAAUGAAAACGAUGCCAUUUUGGAAAUAUUAAAAACAUUCGAUAUUGAGGAGCUGAUCCUGGCUUUCUGCUUAUCAAUGCUUAUUGGUCUGCUGAUUGGAAUCCUAAUUUUCAUCCUCCUAACAUGGAUCUCCAGACACAGAGCUUCAGUGAGGAUUAGCACACGUCCCAAUCAAUCAUCUGGAGCUGCUGGAUUACGCAACCUCCAGGGCCAGCUGGGCAGCUACAGGAGUAAUGACUUCAAUCUGAACAGUGACAGCACAAGCAGAGCCGGGUUAACCCUUCAGAGACAGACAUCUGUUGACCCUAAUGAACUGCUCGGACGCAGCCCCAGUUUUCAAGCAUCCACCUUUCGACCACCGCGGAAAAAGGGCAGUGAUGAAAAGGAAGAUGAGAAUCAAAGAGCUUUGCUUCAUGACACCACUGCCAUUGACUCUGUGACAGAUCCUUAUAAUAUGGCCCAAUCAGAAUCAUUCUGGUUAGGGAAAGGCAGUCUGAGAGGCUUCCUUCCUACACAGACUCCUCCACCUGCAUAUGACAGUGUUAUUCAUAUCUUUCAAGAAACUCACACCUGAUUUCAUAU